CGAAACAUAAUAUGGUACUGGUAAUUAUUUUAUUUUACAUAUAUGUACAUUUAUAUUUAUUUGAAAACUUGUAAAACAGUACGUGUUUAUUGUAAAGAUCCGAAGUGUGACAAUUGAAAUAUAUACAGGUCAUAAAAUUAUGUUUAGAGUAUUAUAGGCGUAAUAACAGUAUAUUAUGGUAUAGAUUUCAUAUUCGAGUAAGUAUAGUUUGGUGUUCAGCUUUAUACGUAUCUUGUUAGCUCAGAGCUGGUUUGUGGGACGGUGGAUAGUAGCCUCGGGCCGCGAUGUUUUGUAUUUUCGGUUUUGUUUUUAAAUUUAUAAAUUUAAUUUUUAGAAUUUUGAGUGCGGCGAAAAUUCGAUAAACAUUCGGUUUUUUUCUAAACAUUCUUCCGGUUUGCAAAAACCUCUGAAUUUUUCAUGUCAUAAAAGAAUGAGGUUUUUUUUUGCCUGACCGAAUUUUGGAAAACCACCCCCAGGUAAUUUUGUUUAUUUUUCGGAACUAUAAGUAACUUGCAUGUAUAUCAUAAUAUUAUGACCGCUAGAAUAAAAAACUGAAUAAAAAUGAAUUAAUCUGAAUUAAAACAAUCAACAAAAAUUCCGGGUAAAAGUACUUUCCACAGACUAUAAUCUGGCCUUGCGUUUACUCUAUAUGUAUACACUUAAGUUAAAAGAUAAAACAAAUGGUAAUAUAUAAUAUAGAGUAAGUUAAUUUAUAACUGUACGCAACAGGUAAAUCGUUACUAACAAAAAAAUAUUCUGAGCGAAAUCCGAUUAAACAUGACUCAGAGGUUCCCAACCUUUUUUGACUCACAGCACCUUACAGUAUUUUUUUUAAAAUUCAUUAGUACUCUAUAGUGUAAUAGUAGUAUAUCGUGUAUUUAUAUUUUUAUUUUAUAACUUCGGUUUUCUUAAUUAAGUAUAAUCAUUUACCAACAUAUUAUAUGUACACAUCUAGGAAAUAAAUAAGGGGGGGGGGUGUUAAAAAAUGUAGUUUGGUUUAAUUUAAUGAAAAAUGGUUUAAUUUAUAAUUUGAAUAAUAUAAUAUAAGUCCUUAAGGAGUCGUUAGUGUUAGGUCAAAAAGAGUUAAUUCAAUUUUAGUUAUUAGGUUUUUGUGAAAUUUCAUUCUAAAAAACCUAGUGCAAUUGACUUAACUCCCUUUGACCGAGCACCGAAGAUAUAAUGUAGUAUAAGUUCUAUUUUUUAAGUAUACAUGAGAAGGAAGGGGCUUCAGUCUCCAUAAUUCUCCAUAGUAUUCGUAACUGUAUAUACAUAAUAUUAUUAAAUUUUAUAAAAAUUAUAAAUAAAUUUAAAUUUUAUAAUGAAGUUGUUAGAUUAAUAUUAUUUGUAGGUAUAAAAAUAAAGCUAAGAUAAAGCUACAGGUAUUCGGUUUUAUCGUAAAAAAGUGGUAACUUGAUUAUUUUAUAGUAGUUCUACAUAGGGAACAAAUGAAAAUUGAAAUGGGUUUUAUACAAUCUAUCCUAUUAUACUCACAUGUUACCAAUGGUUCCUAAACUUUUUUUUUUAAAACAAGACACAUUGGGAUCUUAACACAAUUUUCAUGGCACCCUUAGAGAACGAUAGUGUGAACAUCAAUGUGCUGUGGCACCCCGUUAGGCUAACUCAGAACUAUGUUUUAAAAUGCCACGAUUUGUAUUAAAAUUUGAACAUAAAUUACUUAUAAAAAAAACUAUUAUGUAUAUUACGCAUAUUUUGUCAAGCACUUUUGCUGGUUGAAAACAAUUUUACCUGCAUAACACUAAAUCAAAUUUAAACAUAUUCUAAUAUUUCAAAUACCUAGAUGUAAAUAGCUAAAAAAUCGCCAAAAUUCACUAUAAAAAUAAUUCUACUUUAAAAAUUUGGAGCAAGAUUUAUGGUAAAAAGCAAAUCGAAAGCAAUUAAAAUAAUGAAAUCGUCCACGUCUUAAAUAUUUGUCCAUUUUUCUAAACGUUUUUCGAGGUUUUUUCCUAUUAUUAUGAAAACCGCUCGGAAAAUAAAAUUACAUUCCCAAUACACCAAUUAGAUCCAAAAUGCAAUAAAAAGUCUUUUGUCAUUUUUUGAUUUAAGUAAGAUUUCCGUAAAAAUAGAUGUUACACACAGAAAAAUCAACUACACAUUCACAUCAUAGUAAAUAAAUUAAUACAUUCAGAACACUCAGAAUCUAAAAAAAAAAAAAACCAUCGGCGAGUAGCUGAAUUUGGUUACUAUCAGUGGUUUAAGCAGGAAAAACUUCAAAACGUAAGGUUAGGUUUGGGUUAAUACAACUUUAAUAAAACUAAUAUGAGUUAUUAAUAUUUCAUUAAACAAGUAUGAUAACAAGUAAAGCUUCCCCCCCAGACUUUAAAUACUUGAGCUAACGGGAAUUGACAGGGUUGAAUCCAGGACAAGAUUAUCGAGAUUAUUUUGAAAAUUCAUAUAAGGCACACAUUUUAUGACGAGCUCAAUGAUAAAUCAAGCUAAGAUUAUAAUGUCGGCUAAGAGUAAAUUAUAGUGUCAACACUAGACAUGGGGUUAGACGAUCACUCCUAUCGCUUUCCUGAAUCCACUACUGAGGACUAACAAUUUUACCUUAAAUAAGAAGUUCUCCGUUCACAUUAAUGGGGGUCACAAUAGAGUUGAAUUUUCCCACCCUACUUUGUAAUAUAAACAUAUUUUUUGUAAAAUAAUUAAUAACCGAAUGCUAUAAUUGUAAUGCAAUACCAAACCUAGUACCUAUAAUAUAUUGCUUCCGUAAAUUGGUAAAACUUGAACAUAAAAAUGGUGGAUGCGGUGGUUGAAUGUUAUAAUCCUUAAAAGACAAUCAUCAUCGAUACUAACGCAAUCCAAAUACAAAAUUGCAUUAGAUACCAUCAUUUUAUUUAGUGGUCGGUAGUGGUGUUAAAAGCUAAAAUAAUACCAUCCAGUAUGGUGAGAUUUAAAUUUAAAUUCAACCUUAUCUUAAUCAUUUCAAUCUGCCAAAUUUGAUCACCGAAUUUGAAAUCAUCCAGAAGGAGUCUCUAAAAGCACACGGGGAAAACGGGUAAAAGUUUUACUUAAAAAUACAAAAUCAAUAUUGAGCUUAAAUAAUAUAGAGAAACGUUUAUACGAAAACAAUGCAAGUACAAGCUCACAUUUUCAAUCACUAAAAUGUAGACAUUUAUUAUAUUAUACGAAUACCACCGGACUAAAUGGCUUAUUGCGAAUAAUACAAUUUGUAUUAUAACGUAUCGUUAUAAACAAUAAAAAUGUAUACUUAUAAAUAUAACUGGUUAUAUUAUUAGAUACAGUAGUGUUUUCAGUGGGGGAGGGGUUAGGGGUUAUAUCCUCCCCAUUGGCUUAAAAAUACAACAAAAUAUGAGUAAUCUAAUAUCGAAAUUUAAAAAUGUCGGCUGAUUUUCGAGAAAAAGAUUGAUGUAUUGAUUAGAAAUUGGUUUUUUUUAAGAUCUGGGUUUGAAAUUACCAAUUCUCGUAGUCGAGUUGGAUAGAGAAGACGAUUUACUCUUUUUUCACGAUUUUUAUUUGUCACAUCCCCUCCUAUGGAAAAUUCCUGUGCACGCUACUGAUUAGGUACCUACGCGUUUUUCUGAUAUCAUCGUUCAAAUUAAUAUUUAAUAAUAUACAAUAUACAUAAGUCGUGACUUCUAAUACAAGAAAUGUUUUUUUUUUUUUUUUUUUUAUUGAGGAAACACUACAAUAUGUUGUUUCGUUAAUAGAGUUCGCCAACAUUCCUACAUAAUAUAUUUGUCUUAGACAUAAUUAAUGUAAAAAUAAAAUGCCGCACGUAAUAGAAUAAAACUAUUUUUGAGUUGUGAAACUUCGAAUGAAAGUUUUGGGUGUUGUAAUGUCGUCUCUCAAUAGUUUUAAAGAUUAUUUGGAUGUUAUUGUUUCAUUAAUUAAAGUGAUAAAUAACGAAAAAAGUAUGAUAUUUAAAUUUGCUACCUACGUGUAGGUAUGAUGUUAUUGCGAUUAUUAAGGUUAAUUUUUACACUAGACUAAUAACUUAAUUUACACAUUUAUAAUAAAUAUUAGUAUUCCUAUUAUUAUUAUAUAUAAUUGCAACACUGAUAUUCCAUAAAUAACUGUAAAAAACCAAUUAUUUUUAUUUCCACAAUGUAUUUUUGUGUAGAAUAUUUGUAAUGAUAAUCUUAUAAUGAUAAUUUUUUUUUGUUUUUGUUUUGUCUGUAUACAAUUUUUUGAACAGUUAACUUGCUCCAAUCAAAAAAAGACAAAAUACUGUUUUUGUUGAAUUUUGGGUCUAGUUGGUACCAAAAAGGGUUUUCGAAAUAACUAGGAAAAACUAAAAUCGAAAUUAUAGGAGAAAUGGUAAAUAUUUACAGUGCUCCACGGCGUUACCAAUUUUAUCAUUUUUAAUUUUUACACAUUAUGUUUCCUAUCACAAAUAUUGCUCCAAUAAAAAAGCGAAAAGAUACCUUUUUUGUUGAAUUUUUUAUCUUAUCGGUGAAUAAGAAAAUCGUUUUUAAUUUUCUGGGUAUUUCUCUGAAUAAUUGAGCACAAAAAAAAAAAAAAACGUAAAAAUAACAGGAAAAUUUACGGGAAUAAUGGUUUUAUUAUUUGGUUUUUUUGUUGUAGUUUACUUCAAAAUAUUCGUAGAGACUUGAUAUUUGUAUAUAACACUGACAAUCAACAGUACUCGAAUUUUUUUUCUUCCUUUUAUAUGGAUAGAACAUGGAAAUCUUCAAUAGUUGUUAGUGAAGAAUUCGACAUUAAUAAAUUUAGAAUAUAAUUAGAUUAGAUUCGAUUAGUAAUUAAGAUUAUUAAGACUUUUAAAAUUAAAAUUUCCUUUUUAAGUUUCGAUCAGACAAAAUAAUUGUAUAGAUUAUUAUAUAAAUUUUCCUCAAUUGUUUCAGAAGUUAAUCUAAUUCGGCAUUCGGCAUUUGGUAUUUACGAUGAAUAAUUCUACGAAUAACGUAAGUAUAAUUUAUGUUUUAAUAGGUUUAUUAAUAUCAAUUUUAGGUAGUUUGAUAGAUGGGUAGGACAGUAGAUAUAUUAUGCUCUUCUGUUAUCAUACACUAGUUAGAAAUAGAUAAUUUUCUGUUGUCGCGUUAAUAUUUUAUAUCUUGAUUAAUCAAAAAAUGUUUGAAAUUAUUCAGAAUAAUUGUCCAACUGAAAAACCAACAAAUCCUGGAUGGUGUCCUAAUCACUGGGACCAAUUGAUGUGUUGGAAAACUUCGAAACCUGAUGUAACAGUUUUCCAACCUUGUUUUACCGAAUUAAAUGGAUUGCGAUAUGAUACAUCACGUAAGUACCUAACCCUAAUCCAUUUAAAAAUAUAAAUAAUUUUGUGGUUAUGAUUGCAUAAUAUAUUAUAAUGUACUUGUUAAUGAAUUUUAGAAAACAUUUCUAGUUAAACUUUUAAAUGUUUAAUAUAAAUUAGCUUUUUACGCCACUAACGCUUAUAUCCUUUGCAAAGUCUGUUGCUACGAUUUAAUAUUCUACUACAUAUGGAUAUCAGGAUAUGUAUCUAUAAAAAUGAACCAUCAUUAAAAACACGAUUUAGUUCAAUCGCUUAAAUUUUAGGCUUAAUCACAUUGUCCGACAGAGAUCAGGAGUUCGAUAAAACGAUAAAAAAUUCGAAUUUCUUGCAGAAUAGCCCUAUUUUCGAAUAAAUUAUGAAAACCAUUAGUACGUCUUAAUGACCUUAUACUUUCAAUGUUUCAUAGUUAGGCAAUGGACCACAGUGGAACAUUUCUACAUGAAUUUACCUAAUAUUAAGCUGUUUUUUUUUUAAAAAUAUAAUACAUCUUUCUUAAAAAAUAUAUUAUUUUAAAUAUAUUUUAUAUGUAUAUCAUAUACCAUGAUAAUAUACUGUAUAACAUAUAGGUUAUAAUAAACCUUAUUGAUUGUUGUCUUAUCAGUUUUAUGUUCACGGACUAAACUAAUGAUUUAAUCGACUUACUCGAUUCGGUCGAAUUAUUACUCUAACCAAAUCGUUUUAUUUGUACACAUUUAUACGCAUUACAAAGGUACGCAGCAAUAUCGUCAAAAUGUCUGCAAAGUAUGUUGAUAUUCGGUUAGGUUAGAUUAUCUAACUGGACUAAUACUGUGCUAAUGUAUCAUUAGGUACUUGGGGGACAAGGUUUAGGUCUAGGGAAAUUCCCCAUUUCCCUUUGACCUCACAUUCACCUUUCAGGGAAAUUCGGAGAGGGGGGGGAGUAUUUGGAAUAAUUGUAAAAAAAAAAUCGUAAAAAUGUUCAAUAGUGUCGUUAAAAUGUGAAACAUAAAAAGACUUGUUCCUGUAUGUAUAUAUACCUAAAUGCAAAUAUUAAAGAUCAUAACUAUUAUCUGACUAAAUCAAUUAUUAUGAAAUGCUUGAAAGUGUACAUGUUAAUGAAAAUAAAAUACAUGAAAUAUCGUACCGAAUAUGAUACUUCAUACAUUGAAAUUAAAAUAUAAAUUACAUUUUUCACGCAUUCAGUACCUUAAAAGAUGCGAUGGUUAUUUAUUUGAAAUAUUUUUCGAAAUAACCAAUAAUUCCCUUCAUUUCCGUAUAAUGACUAUACAUUUUAAAUGUCUUUAGAUGAAGAAUUAAUUAUUAUAUGUUCAGUUAAUUGUAAAUUAUUAGAGUUGUAAACUACAUAUCGUUUUGUGUUUUUAGAUGCUCAGUAAUACAUUUUUAGCUGGCGUACUUAUCAUUGUUUCAUAAAAUAUUUUCUCAAUUUUUUCUUUCAAAUUUGUCUGGAUAAAGAAAAAAUAUAAUUGCUUUGAAAUUAUAUAGAUAUAGAUAAAGAUAACAAAUAUUUGAAUUAUGUCAGAUAGAUAAUAGCUAAAUUUAAUUUAUCUAAGUUAAAAAGAUCUUUUUUUUUUUUUUUAAUUGUUGAUUGCUGAGGUUGUUAUAGCAUUUAUCUUAGGGAGAUAUAAAUUUCAACAGUUAAAGUAAUUCUGUAAAUGUAAAGCUAUUGACAGUUCCGGAAAGUCACUAGAUUAUUCCAUCGCAUUGUCUAUUAUAGAAAGCAAUCAUAAUUGUUAAUAUUAGGUGAUAAUUAUUUUUUGCAGAGAAUGCUAGUCGAUAUUGUAAAGCGGACGGUGUUUGGAACAGUUUUUCUGAUUACAUGAAAUGCAAAGCGUUAGAAACAAAUGAAAUGUUACCGGACGAAUCGAUUUUGUACACUUCAUAUUUCUAUUAUGGCGGUUACACAAUAUCGUUAGUGGCGUUGGUCGUGGCUGUUUCUAUAUUUGUGUACUUCAAGUAAGUAGGAAUGAAUUAUCCGAUGAUCCGUGUAUAUAAACAAAUUAUUCGCAGCAUUAUAUUGUUCAUUUUCAUUCAAAUAAUUAUCACAUUAAAAUGGAAUUAUAAACGUCUGUAUAAUAAUAUUUAACCAGAUCGCCACAAUAAAUAAAAAUAGUUUAGGGAUUUAGAGAAUCUAUAUUACUAUAGAGAUAUAGUACGCGACCGCAUAAUUGAUUUCGUUCGGUUGACUUGUUAUGUAUACCCAUAUAGUUUAUACCACUAUUUUGUAUACUUACUAUAAUAUUAUCCAUCAUUAGUGGCGUAUUUAGGAGGGGGGAGGGAUGGUAUAAGAGUUUACAUUCUAAUUUUGCUGAAUUUGUAUAGUGCAUCAGGAUUUCAUGAUCAAUCUAUUAUGGGUGAAUAUUCUCAGAGCAUUCCCACCCCUCCAAAAAAAAAAAAAAUCCAAAAAUACACCACUGUCCACAUUAUCAUUAACGUUUCAAAGUUUUUUCUUGCAACAAAAUCACGUAAUUUCUCAUUAAAAUAAUAUAUUUUGUCACAAUAAUGUUAUGAUAAUACGUCAUAUACACUAACAUUGUUUUAGAUCUCAUCUUAGAUACGUCACCUUAAUUCGUGUGUAUUUUGAUUAUAUUAUUAUAAACAAUAAAUAAAAAAAAAAAAAGUGUACACAUAAUAGUGAAACCAAUGCAUUCACCCGAUUCUUCGGUAUGCUCAGAAUCUAAAAUAAAAAUAAAAAAAUUCUAUAUUGAUUAAAUUCGUAGACAGUACGAUAAAUUUUGGCCAUAAUAAUAGACACUUAACAUUAAAUAUACAUAAAUAUGCGACGAAUAUAUUGAUCAAUCAUUUGAAAAGCAAACGAUAUUAUUCUAAAUAUCAAGUAUACAGGAAGUCAUUUUAAAAAACAUUUAUUUUAUGCGCCGUUUUUGCGUAAAAGAGAACUCAAGGUAGAAAAUAUGUUUUAUGUGCUAAUGAUUACUUAUACAUUAAAUGCAAAAAGUGAUAGGUAUAUUUUUUAAAAUUUCGGAAUAUUGACUAUAAAGACCAAUAAAUAUAUUUAUAUUUUAAAAUAAAGAAAUAUAUUCUAUAAGAUGUGAAAAACUUUUUUUUUGCAUAAUGAAAAGUACUGUCUACACAAAAAAAAAAAAACAACUGCUACAAUAAGCAAUAAUCGAUGAAAUUAGAACACGUAAUUUAAAGACUAAAGGGCUUGAAAAGAAUAAAUUGUAACAGUUCAUUAAAGCGGUAUUCCUACAUAAUAACUUUUGUAUUAAUAAUUCAUCAGAAAAUUUUCUUUUUAAUUUGCAAUAUAAUUCUUUUUCUUCUUUUGAAUAACGCAAUAUAUCAAAUAAGUUCUUUGCAUUCGGAAUUCAGCUAACAAGUAAGAAACUCCUUGAAGCCGCGUGAAGACGAAUGGAUAAAUUUUAUUAUUUCGUCAUAACUGUCCUUAAAAAUGUUUUUAAGUUUUUCACCAUAUAUUUCAAACUGCGCCUGUAAAUGUGCAAUAAUUCCAAAUGUUAGUUAAGAAUAUUGAAAUUAAGUAAUUUUUGGUAAAUUUGUCUGUAUAAUUAAUAGGAUCCAUAAUUAAAAUUUAUUUUUAGAACAUAAAAUUCUGUAUAACAUGAUUAUGCGGUUUUAUUUAAUUAUUAUUAUUUUAACUUCGGCUAAUAUACUAGCUUUUUAGAUUCAUACCUAUAAUACAGGUAUCGAUGUUAUUUUUUUUUUUUGGCAAUACAAUGAAAAAGUGGUCACUAUUUACGUUAUAUUAUGGUUAAUAUUUCCAGAGAUCUACGAUGCCUGAGAAAUACAAUCCAUACAAAUUUGAUGUGCAGUUAUAUAUUAUCGGAUUUCACAUGGAUUCUGACGUCAACACUACAGGUUUGUGCAGAUUAAUGUUUUCCAAAGGAUAUUACAUAUUAUACAUCAUAUAAGUCGAUUUUCGCAAAAUUAGAUCAUUAUAAAUUACACUAGACUAACAAUUCGUCGAUUAUUAGAAAAUGAUUUAAUUUUACAAACUGCGUACCAAAUAUUGUCGGAAACAUCAAUUGAUAUACUAUUGUAUAUAUAAUUGAUACACGGAUUUACUAUACACGAGGAUGUGAGGUGGUAGUGUGGUGGUGACAUUAUAAUACUACUAUGAGUACAAUAUGUCUGCAGAUACGAUUGUUAAGAAAAUGAAAUUAGAAAAUUAGAUGAAGAUUUACUGCGCAAAGUCGGUAUACGGCUAAGACAGCAUUAGUAUUAUUAACAAGCUAUCUGUCAUACCUUUGCAUAGAUAAUCAUAGGUAAUAUUAUGCGAUUAUGUCAGUCGCCCACGUAAUUAAAAUAAUAUUGAAAAUUGUCAUUCCUAAUAAUUAAUUAAACUAAUGAAAAUCCAUAGAAAAAAAAAGCAGGCGUAAAAGUAUAAUUUUUUCAUUUAAACCUAUAUGAGUUUUCAAGUCAUAUUCAUUAAAUGUUUACAAAAAGAAACAUAUGUUUUGCUUUAUGACGAAACAAUGGUGGUUAUAAUAAUUCAAGUUCAGAGAGGAGAGGUGGAAGUUAGUUCAAUUUUAAAGAUUCUUCUCCCUCUCUCCUUAAAAAAAAUCUUAAUCAAACGUUUAAAAAUGAUAUACUACUUGAAAUAGAAUAACAACAUAAUAAAUCAAUUAUUAACAUAUUAAUCAAUGCAUAUCGAAUACAACUUAAUAAACAAAUAAUUAUCUAUCGCCGUCUGUACGGUGUCAGUACUAUUAUAUAAUCCUCAAAUAAAAAUAUAAUUACGGUUUCAUCUAUGUAUUUACUUUUCCUUAAAAAGGGUAAAAAAUAAAAAUAAAAUUUUAAAAAGUUACGGCCCAAAGUGGUUUUGGAGGUGGAUCUAUAUAUUGCCUCCAGCACACGUGAAAUAUUCACUGUGACGGUAAUAUUCAGAUACGUUAAAUUUUUAAUGAUUUUUUUUUCCCAUAAAACUGGAACGGAUUAAAUAAAUCGAUAUUUAUAUUCAAAUAUUUAUUCUUACAAAAUGAAAUAGCAAAAAAAAAAAAUUCUAUUUAAAUAUAAUAAAUUAAAUAUAUGUUAUCAAAUUAUUGAACUAUGUCGGUAUAAUGUUGUUAAUUAAUUCAUUUUUUGAAAUAAUUACUUUGUUCUAGGAAUGGCUGGCUGUUAAUAAUAACGGUUGUUUGUUAUUGACGUUCUUUUUACGUUAUUUUACGUUAACGAAUUUCUUUUGGAUGUUCGUUGAAGGUGAGUUUUGACAAAAAUUGAUACAAUUAUAAAAACUACUAACGAAUUAUAUAUAAUUUGUUUAUAUUUCACGGUUUGUAAUUUUUGGUUUUUCUUUUAGGAUUGUAUCUGUAUAUUUUAGUUGUGGAAACAUUUACAAGAGAAAAUAUUAAGCUCCGCGUGUACAUGUUCAUUGGCUGGGGUAAGUUUUUAAUUUUUCAAAUUGUUCAGUUUUUAAAAGGCAUAUAGUACGUUUAAAGGACCGUCCAUUUUAUAUAAUAUAGUAAUGAGAAACUAUAUUAUAGGUUUAUUUUUUCUUGACUCAGUGAAAAAUAAUUUUUUAGAGUUUCAUUCGGUAACUUUUGUAAAAUUUAAUUAAAUACGGAUAUAGUAUAAUAUGCUCUAUUAGUUAAAAGUGCUUUAAAUAUUUUAAAAAGCUAGGUACAUUUAGCAGUAGUGUGACAAAAAUUUGAUGAACUAAAUUAUCAAAAUAUCUAAAUGACAAAAUACAAAACUGAGCAAAGUUUGUUUAUAUGUAAUAAAAAUGCUAUAAUUUGUACGAUAAAAUGUAAAAAAAAUAAAAAAAAACUAUUACAUUAUACUCAACUUUCUAGUUGUUUUACCACUUUUUACUUAUAAGUAUUACUUAUAAUGAAUCUCAUGUAAAUUGUCCAUGCACUUUUAAUCGUUCGAAAAAUUGUAUUCAUAUAAAAUUAAAAAAAAAAGAAAAAAAAACUGAUACUAGGGAUGGGAGCGGCCACUAUUGUAGGUAAGAAGUUAAGGGACAUAAGGUUAUUUCAUUUAUAUCUGUAAGGAACGAAAAAUCAUUGCUUGACGAAAGUCAAUUCCGAGCGCAGUUCGGUAAUACAUAAUUUGAAGUGCCGUAUUUUUUUUGAGAUUUCAUUUAAAUUUAAUUUUAAAGUUUUUAUUAAAAAAAUAAAGUUGUCAGAUGAUUCUGGAAAUUUUAUCUUGUUUAGGUAAUUCCAAUAUAAGUAUUACUACCAAGUUUCAAAGUCUCUACGUGUAAUUACAGCAAAAAAACUCCUAAAAAUUAAAAUUCCUCGAAAGCUCAAAAAUGGCUCAAAAGUUAUGGUGAUGAUACUGUUAGAAAAUUAAAAAGGCAAUAAAAAAAGUAACUUGUAGUUUUUCAAUUAAAUAAUUUUUUCUGGUAGAAAACGCUAUCCGUAUUUUUAUAAAAUAAUGAAAUCGUGAAAUUGUAUGUUUUCCUACGUUUUUUCCCACUCAAGUGUUUUUAUUUAAAAAAUAGCGUCGAAAAUCAAAAUAUGACAUACUAAAAGUACCAUCUAAACGACUCGAGUUCUUAGAAAAGUUGCUACACGUAAAAAUCAGAGAGAGUUUACUAGGAAAAAAGUGGCCACAGACUAGAACAAAAAGAAAUAAACAGCAUUGUAAAACCAAUAGUUCCCUCGCUACGCUUGGAAUCUAAAAUGUCAAAUGCUUAUAAAUAACUAAAAAUUUACCAUGUUUUGGCGAAAAGGCUAGUAUGUUUAUAAAAAAAUUUCAAGUCUCUACAAUAAUUUUUAACCGAAUUACUAAACAAAAUUGAGGAUAAUGAGACCGUUUAUUGCAGUACAUUUUCCUAUUCUGAUUUGUCCACCCUUUUCGCAAUAUUUUUUUCAAUUUAUGGUAAAAAAGACGGAUAUAUUGUGCGAAGUACUUGUGGGUCACUAUUUUAAAUGAGAAGUUUGGAAGUUAGGAUGUGCAUGGCGAUUUAAUGUAUAUCUGUACGCAUCAGAACAUAUUAUUGAUUUUAUGUCCUUGAGGUUUAUUCAUUGAAUUUCAACAUCGAAAUGUUCGAAUGUGUAUUCGGGAACAUGUCACUCCGCUGGACUUUGGUUUUCACCUCGCGAAAUAAUACGUUUCAGGGGAAAUUAUCGUUCCUUAGCAUCCUUCACACCGGAGAUUUGUUAUAUUGUUAUAGAAAUUAUUGUUGCUAGUGUUGAAUUUUUUUCUUUACACAUAUAAUUUUUUUGACCUCCUAGAUAUAAUAGAUAUAACUAUUAAAAACGGAUAAAUAUUUACGGUAUUACAGAUUUCAGUAUUUAAAAUUGUUUUUACAUUUUACAUCUGUAAACAAUUUUUCUACCUACCCAAAAUCUUGCUCCAAUCAAAAAACUACAAGAAACUCGCUUGUCUUUACAUUUCGGAUACAGUUAUUUUAAUUGACCUUCCUUGUAUCAGGUCAAAAAUAUACAUAAUAUAUAUGACCCCUUCUUUUUCCUUAUAAUUAUAUUUAAUAAUAUUGUUAAUUUGAUAGAUGUCUAAUUUUAUGUGUAAAAAAAAAAAAAAAAAAUGGUUUUACUAAAUAAUUUAACAAAUAACGUAUAUCAAUUUAGUUAAUUUUAAGCUUCUAUGUUAGUUAAGUAAUUGUCAUUAAUAUCUCUUUGUAUUUUCGGGCAUCGGCCUGAAUCGAUUAUAUAUUGAAUAAAAAUAAUAAUAAUAAUAAUAUAUCAGUAAUAUUAUAAAUUAAAAUUAAUUAAAACCCUAUAGUAUAAGUGCAAUUAAAUUUUUUAUAUUAUAUUAAGUUUAUAAGAGAAAGAAAAGCGCUAUUAUAAUUAUCAAGCUUAUUAAUUUAUCGAAUUUACCCACAUCCUUUUGGUUUACACCGCUAUCUUUUAAAUGUAUUAUAUUGAUUAAGUUAGCUAAAAGCUUUUUGAAUAGGUUAUAUUCAUAAGUUAGUACCGAUAUACUAAGUACAGGUACCUAAUAAUAUACAUUUUGCUCGUUUUAGUUAACGAACUACAUAAUAAGCAAAAAAUAUUAUGCUGUCCCGUCGGUCGUUGCUCACGCCACUUUUUUUGUCGGAUCAAAUGUUUUAGUAUAAAAAUUUAACAGUUUUACCCACGACUUCGUCCCUGUGCAGUUUAAAUUUGUGUAUAGUGUGUAAUGUGUAUAACUAUUUUGCUCCGAAUUAGUGCCUACCGGGAACGUCAUAUCACAAAGUUUUAAACCUUCUCGGUAACCAAAUGUAUGAACUCAAUUAAUGGGGGUACUCGUUGGAAACCUGAAAAGGACAAUCACUUGUAUUACUUAACCUCCAUAAAUAUCUUUUUUAAAUUUAACUUUGACUUUUCAAAUUUAUCAACUUUUUUUAUAACGUUAUUAUUUAAGAAAACUAAACAAAUUGACAAUAAUAAACAGUAAAUGGCAACAUUGUCCAGAAAUUCGUACGUAAUCGUAUUUUUUUUAUAUCAUUUUGAUCAAAAUCGGACGGAAUCGUGUUCCCAAAACGUUAAAACGUACGGAAUCGUGCUUUACCGCUUUAUUCCGCUCGCCGUUGGUAAGCAUAACCUACACGGUUUUGCGCAUCAUAGUUGUCCAAAAAAUUAAAAAUCGGCAUUUCUUAUUAAACCUUGUAAUUUGGUGCCAUUUUAAUGGUUUUAAAAUACAAUUCUAUUUUAAAACAUUUUCAAAUAAUUUAGAGCCCUGUAAACAUAGAAAAUGUAAAAUAUUUCCAAGUUGAUCAUGUAAGUAGUUAAAUUGUAUGUAUUUUUUAUAAGACAGACGUUUUUCAUAAUUUCAAGUUGGUAUUUUUAUUUAAUUUUUUUUAAAAGUCUUUUUUUGUGGAUAAAUCUGAAAAUUGUCAUAAAGUUGAUAAUACUAAAUCAAGUUUUUAUAUCGUGGACAUGUGAAGUAUACGAAUCGGUUUUUUUUAUGAUGAUUGGAAGUACCGCAACAUAAACACCUUGCGCUUGGUAAUAGAAUGUUAAUUGUUAACCCUGGUGAUGAUGUACACAUUGAUAACAUAUACAAUUUACAUUUCUUAAACGGAAAGAACUAUUUUUCAAGCAACUUUGUGUUUUUUUUAAAACUUUCUUUUAAUAAUUGCUCGAGAUACAAUAAUUGUAAUGUAAAAAAUUCUCCGAAAAAUCCUAUUUCGUUCGUCGCAAAAGAAUCAUAUAUUGUCAAAUUUGGGACACUGUAUAAAAAUCAGAGCUCUUCGAUAUUCUUGAUAAUUCGCCUGUUUUUUGGUUAUCUCUUAGCUCCUUUUAGUUACUGCAAAUUACUACAUUUAUUAGAAAUUACACCUAUUGACAAAUAUAAUAUAUGCGCCGUCUGCUGCUAAGUCGUUUAUUAUAUAUUAUGUAUUGUUAUAUUUUUUGACACUAAUUAAACGCAACAUAAUUUCAUUCCACUUUUCAAUUUAGGUUAAGAUAAUUAAAAUAUUAAAUUUAUUUAAACGAUAUGUACCUACAUAUAUUUAUUUAUACCUAUUUAUGACGUGUUUUUUUUGGAGGGGGCGAGAGUGUAAUAAAACAAUUUAGCAGAUUAACUGCUAACUCCACUCACCUGGCACCAAAAAUAUUUACAAGCCACCCCAAUGGCCACCCCGUUAUAUUGUUGAAAUAAACUAAAGCUCAAAUAAUUGAAUACCUAUAAUUGUACUUUUGUUACCAUAAUAUGUUGAAAAGAGAAAAAACUUAGGCGAUGAUAUAAGACUGCGUACGAUUUCUGUACCUGACCUAAACCCUUAAAAAUAUUACAAUUGCGUACAAAAAUGAAAACAACGUUGCCAACAUGCACUACUUAGUUUAUUUACUAUGUAAUACUAUAUAAUGGUUAGUGGCUAGUAAAUGUAGUAAAUUAACUGUUAAGUAAAAAUCGUGCGUGAAUUAAUAAAAAAUUAUUUAAAAGUUAUAUCUUAUCUGGUACUAUUUAAAUAAUACAAUACAAGUACAAAUUAUAAAUUACAUUUUUGGAAUCCAUCAUAAUAUUUUGUUAUAAAAAAUUUAAAAUAAUUGUUACAAUAAUAAUAUAAUUUUUAAUUAAAACUAUUGGCAUAAAAACGAUAAUAUAGUCAAUUAAAAACCAUUAUAAAUUAAUUAACGAAUACAUUAUAAUCUAAAACCUUGGUAUCGAUAACCAGUCCCUCAGAUAGAAAAUUUAAUACAUUACUAUCUACUCUAAAUUGAAUGUACAGUUAUAUUACAUGCGGUUAUUUUUUGGAUAAACUUUAGUGUUGGAAUAAACAAAAUUAACACCUUUGUAAAACUAUAAGUUUCUUCACUCCACUCAGAAUUUAAAAUAGCAUCAUCGCUCAACCCAGAAUAUAAAAUUAUAUUAUUAACAAUGUAAACAUACUUGUAAAUUAAAUUAGUACCCAGUGCUGGAGGGGGAGGGGAAGUAAACAUUGGCCACCCGAGAAAAAUAUUAUCGGUUAUAAUUAGGCCACCCUAAUUGUGUAAUCCUUGUUACGUGCCUGAUUCCACUUAAAUCAUACCAAGCCCACUAAUAUUAUAGAAGUUGUAUAUCUCUGAGGGGAGGGGGAGGAGGGUGGUGUUUAGGGGAGUUUAAAUGCGUAUUUUACUUUUUAAAUUAGAUUUAUUAUUAAUACCGUUUGUAUGCAGUUUAUGUUUGCCUGUCGUAUGAAUAGAAUUACCUAACAAUAUUAUUAUAAAAUAAUAUCAAUUUAUAAUGAACAUAACCGUGGAUAAUUCCCGGUGGACUUGACCUAACCUAUACCCAACACUAUAAAGUUCUAAUAUUUAAUAGUUAUUAUAAACUUGUAUACUAUAAAUUAUAAUUAUUUAUAAGUAGUCGAGUAGCUAUUAGUGUCUUAUUUUUGUACUUAUAUUUAAAUCAAUCUCAAGUACAAUAUACAAUGAAAUUAUAUUUUAACACUUAAUAAUAUUUGAAUGUAUUAUUUUAUCAUAAAUGAGAGUAGGUACUAUAAAUUCUAAAAAAAAAGUACUUAAGUUUAUUUUAUAGAACAUAAUAUAAUUGCACUACGUCUUAUUAUCCGUUUGUUUCAAUGAAGUAAAUUUUCAAGAAAUAAAUUUAAUGGAUUAUGAAAGUAAAAGAGUAUAAAUUGAUGAGGUUCUAAUUUUAAAAUGAACGCACAACGAUUUUAUUAUUUAAAAUUUUUAAGAUUUUUCAACCAGAAAUCUUUGUCCAAAUUUCAAGAAUAGCAUAUCUAGUUUUUGAGUAAGUUUAGAGUCGUUUUUUGGCUUUCCGUAUAAAUUUCCUAAUAAUCACGAAAAACCGGAAAAAAGCGUAGAAUGAGAACUGAAAAAUGUACGGCUUUACGAUUUAAUUAUUUUAAAUUGUUAAGCUUUAUAUUUUCUACCAGAAAUAUUGCUGCAAUAAAAAAACGACAAGGAACCUUUUUUGUUGAAUUUUUAAUCUGGUUAGUGAAUAAGAAAGUCGUCUUAUGAUUUCCCGUGUUGUCCAUUUAAUAAUUGAGUAAACCCGAAAAAAAAUCACCUUUCCAAUUUUUUUUUUUGUGUUUGUGAACAAUUUUUUUUACUAGAAAUCGUAUUUUAAUAGAAUGUAUCAUCGUUAUUGAAAGGUAGUUUUGUCUAGCUGGGUGCAUCGAAGAGGUUAUUUUUGAUUUUCUAAGGGAUAUCCAAUGCAUCUCAUUUUCCAAAUCUACAACAAUGACCGCACCCGUUUCUACUAUCAGCUCUUUUCUUCCUUAAAAUUAUUAAUUUUGUAAUGUGUACAUCGUACCUAGGUAAUUUUGUAUGAUAUUGAAGAAUACGAUGUUUUAUAUAAUUUUAUUUACAUUCCUUUCUGUUCUAAAGUUGUUAUACCUAAGGAACAUAUAAAAACAUCAGUAUCGAAUUUGGCAUUGCUUACAGUUUUAAAUCGAAUAUGGAUUUGGAUUAUUUCAAAUUAUCCUUUCUUGAUAAAUAAAUAUAUAUAUAUAUAUAUAUAUAUAUAUAGUAUGUAUACAGGGUGCUACAGUGUUAUAUGAAUGUCAAUAACUGUAUUUAAUUAUUUAUUUAUUUUUUAAUUGGUUUGGGUAAGUGGGACAUAUAUGUAGAGAAAAAUAAUUUUCUUAUUCAUUCUUUAAUCACUGAAAAUUUUUUUUUUUAUUUUUCACUUUUUAAUAUUUUCAAAAUAGCCAUUUUGUAACAAAAUAUUAUUCUACAAUAAUUGAUGUACAUAUAUUCAUAUCUGAUCAAUAGUUUCUGAUUAAUAUCCUUUUUAAUUUCUAGAAAAUUAGCGUGAAAACAGUGAAUUUUCAAUAGAAUAAUACGUACGCAGUAAUGAUCGUGCUGAUUGUGAUCAGUAAUUCCUUAUUUUUUGUUGAAUAUUAAUUGUUUUCACGCCAAUUUUUUAUAAACUAAAACGGCUGUUUCUCAGAAACUAUUGAAUAUGAAUGUAUGGCAUAUACAUUCAUAUUUUUAAAAUUAAUUUUUUUACAAAAUGGCUAUGUUGAAAAUUUUUAAAAGUGAAAAAAUAAAGUUUGUUUUUCCGUAAUUAAGAAAUGAAAAAAAAACAAAUGUUUACUGAUUAAGUUAGCAGUUAUUAAAAGAAAUAAAUUAUAAUUUUUAAUUGUAACUUUCGAAUUUUAAAUUGGUUACUGUGCAGUUUUACCUAUACAAUGUAUUUUUGGAUUAUUAAAAUAAAAUCUUGUUAUAAUACCUAAAUUCGAUUUACUGUACAUAGCAUAUAACAGAAUAUUGUUGUAUUAAUCACUUAAACGAUUUUAAAAACUAUAAAAAAAAUUUAAAAAAGACCUAAUACUGAGGCUACUGUUGUCAGUGAGAAAUUGGGAAGGUAGGAUUUAGAGAAAUAUUACAAUAUGUACGUAUAUCUGUACACAACGGUUGAUCAUUGAUUCUGAGUGGAGUUCAGUUAUACGUAUUUUGAAAAGCCUUAAUAUUUACGAUUAUCGUCAAAAUUUGAUAUUAACAUUUAUAUAAAAAAAAAAAAAAAAAAAUUCUUUAUUACACUCAAUUUUUUUUUUAUCCACAAAGCAUGACUUAUAAUGAACUUCCUGUUUAAUUUUCAAUCAUUUCUGUUUGAUCUAACAAUUUCUUCCACAGUUUUUAUAUCUACCGAAUAAAAAUUACGUAAAAAACUCACAAAAUUAAACUGUUUAUAAAUAUCUUAAAAAUGGCUAAAAUGUUUUGAACAUUUUACCAUGUUUAGGAAAUACAAACAUAAGUUUUUUUGUCUAAAUUUAAAGUCUCUACGAAUAAUUUUAACUGAAUCAUAAAACAAAACAAAAGUAAAAAUUGAUACAUUAGUAUAAUACAUUUCGUAAUUUUUUCCGUUUUUCUAACGAUUUUCCCGGUUUUUUUCAUUCAUUAUGAAGACCCCUGGAUAAAUCAAAAAAACUUUCUUGAAAUACUUCCCCAGUUCAAUUUCUUUUGAGAAAAAGUGCCACACUUGAAAAUCGGAGUAAAAUUUCUGGCAAAAAUUUGUUCACAGAUAAAAAAAAAUAUAAACACCAUUGUAAAACCAAUACAUUCCUCACUCCUAAAUAAUGAACAAAUUACAUUUUUAAAAAUAAAUAAAUAAAAUAAAAUAAGUUUCGGUUUUGAUUAUUAUAUAAUCCACAGAGGUACAUACAUAGCUACGAGGGCAAUAAGGAAUUUUCGGGGUCAUUUUUAAGAUUUACAAUUUUAAUGAAGUUGAUAUUAUAUUUUCGUGGAGAUUUUAUUGUUAAAGGGUAAGUUCGAAGUAAUUUUACUGGAGGAAUAAUAUAAUAAUUGAGAAGUAUAUAAAUAUAAUCAAUCAACAGAAUAAUGAACGUUCAUUAUGUAUAUGUAAUUCGUGGAUCAGAAAAGAGUACAUAUCUAUUCCAGCAGUUGUACCUAUUGUUAGUAGUUAACGCAAUCAAAUUUAUAGUUUAUGGUGAAUUGAAAAAAAAACGCCAGAAGAGUUUUUUAAAAAUAGGAAGUCUAUACAAGAUUUGACGAAAUAAACUGCGCACUGCAUAUAUUACAGUGUUUUCAUUGUUCGCUGUCGAUUAUAGACAAAGAACCAGAUGGGAUAUUUAUAACCGUUAAAAUUAUUAUAUGACAUUGUAAAGAGGCAAGAUAAGCAAUAUAAAGGAAUUAAAAUAUAAUAAUAUAUAUAUAUUAUAUGAUUAAAAAAAAAAAGAGACGAAACUGUAUACAGAGAGAAUUACGCUAACAAUUAUAUUAUAGCGUUUAGUGGAGAAUAAUAAUGCGGCAAUUGUAUAAUUUGUUUGGAAAAGAGAAUAUGAGAUUGAUAAGUAUUUAUUUUGGGAAUGGAAAUGAGAAUGUUUUUAGAGAGAGAGAGAGAAAGAAAGAAACUGAAUUAUUAUUUGUUUAAUCCAAGGGUAUCAAUCCGGUCAGUGAUUACAAUACGUUUAGUAAGAUUUUCUUAACGAAAUUUUUCAUUAUAAUAUCUUGGUAGCUUAGUAAUCAGCAAGUUUUUGAGCAAAUAAAAACUUUGUUAAAAAGUUCCUACAAAAUUAUAAAUUUGCAUAGGUAACAAACUUUUGUAAAUAAUUUAUGUAGGUAUAUAUAUAUAUAUAUAUAUAUAUAUAUACAAAAAUAUCCAAUUAUAAUAAAUAAUAAUAAAGUGAAUUGUACGUACAAAUAAAUUUAAACUGUAAAAUUACAAAAUAUUAUAUUAUAUUAUAUUUAUGAAUUUAUUUGGAAAAUAUAGCCAAUAAGGAUAAAUAAUAAUAUGGUAAUAAAUUUAGUUUUUAAUUGUACAGUUAUAAAUUAUUUUACUUUUGACUACAUAAAAUAUUUUUAAAAAAAAAGUUCGAUUUACCUUAUGCACCUAUCUAAUAAAUUAACAAUAAAAUAGAGAAUUAUUUGGAUCUGGAUUUGUUUUUGUAUUUUCUUUUGUCGAUAUAUCAUAUAUUUCCUACAAUUUUUCGGAUUAACGAUUCGUUCUAUUAUAAUAUUUUCUUUUGGUAAUAACAAAGUCACAACAAUUUGAGUAGAAAAAUUAUCUAGUUACAUCUUGUAAUAAUAUUAUCAUACAUAUUGUCGAUAAAUUAUUGGGUAAUAUUUAUGAUGAUAAUAACAUUAUAUUCACUGUAAAAUAAAUAUUAAAUUAUAAAUUAUAAAAAAAAAUUCGGAACCUUUCAAUUAAAAUUUAAAAGUUAUUCUGUUACAGGUAUUCCGCUGGUAAUAAUAAUUAUCUGGGGAUUUGCCAACAUGAUCACGUCGUUCGAAAGUGAGGUGAGUAAAAUAAUAUUAUUUAAAAACGUAUCAUUUUUUAAAUUAGUAUAAAAUAUUAAAUUCGUUAAUCUUUAACUACUAAGAUUUGAAAAUAAACAAAUUUAUUGAUAAACUCGAUGUCCGUCAUGUAUAAAAUGAGUCGAACAAUAAAACAGUGAGUUAGGUAUUAAAUUCUAUAGAUUUUUUAUUGAAGAAAUUAAAUUAUAUUUUAUUUAUAUUUAUAUUUUACCUACCGUUGUUUAGAAAAUUUCUUUUAGAAAAGAAUGUGUUCUCAUAUUGACCUCUUCUGAGCUGAAAAAAAGUAAAAUAAAACAAGUUUUUUCUCAACUCAUUGCUUUAAGAAUAAAAAUAGGGAAGUACAAAAAAAAUACGUCUGAUAUAACAUUAAAUCGUUAAAAUAAUUUCAAUUUGAGAGAUGGACAACGCAAUCGACCGACAUCUAACCGACCAGGAGUUUGUAAUUUUCAGCAAAAUAAGUGUACAUAUGUAAUUUGGAUCAAAAUGAGUAACUAAGUAUUCGAUUUUCGAGUAUUCAUUUACAUAUAUUUUGGAUUUUAUAUAAUAUGUUUUUUCAUAUAUCAAUGAUAUUAGAUAGUUUCGAGAUCAAUACUGACGUACCGUACAGAACGGCGUGAAUAGGUUAGUAAAAAACCUUUCAGAAAUUAAAAUGAAAUACUCGAUUGCCAAAUCUUAUACUCUGUUACUGAAAGUGUAUGUACUGCCGAUAGAAUAAACGAUUUGAAUUAUGAUAAAUUUAAAAUAUAAAUCAACCGACAGGACUUCGAAGGCACGCCCAAUACACCCAGACUCUUUAAAAUUAGAUAUCACGUUUAAAUAUUAUUCAUUUUUAAAUUGAUAUUUAUUAGACAAAUGUCCAAGUGUUUAGAUUAGUUUUUAUUUUUUUUUUGUUUCUAUUUAUUUCCAUUCAUAAAUAAAAGUGGACAAUAAAUAUGAAGUGAACAUACGAAUAUAUUGCAAAUCUGUACUUUGCAUUUGGAAGGUAUUUCUACUUGAAUGCGGAUAAGUUUUUGCAGUUUGAGUGGUGAUGGUACAGUAGACUAUAAACAGUAGUUUCUAAUGCGACGAUUUUAAUUGGAUGAUUUUAGUUUCACGGUGAUUUUUAAAAAUAAUGAUACUUCUUUUGACUGUUAAAAUAUUAAGAAUGUAAUUCCAAAUUCACAAAGAAUAAACUGCAUAAACUGGUAAAAUGGCGUAUUUAAAUACAGAAAUUAAGUUGGAAAUGCCGACUAAAAGAUAUUCAGGCGCUCUUUUAAAAUAUAACUAAAUCAACACUGAUUUGUUAAAAGUACGUAUACUACAUUCAAAGCAUUAUAUAUGCUUUGUGUAAAAGGUAUUAUGUGUAUGAGUAAUUUUAUUGUUUUCCGUGAUAAACACAAUUAAAAACUGUUUUGUUGUUUUUUUGCUUCCUGAAAAAAAGUGAAAAAUAAAACCGUCGAUAUACGUAUACUUUUUAAAAAUAAUAAUUCAGUCAUUGACAAAAAUAAGUAAAUAUAAGUAUUUUCAAUUUUCAUUUCGUGAUUUUCCUUAAAUUUGUAAUAUUUAUACGGAUAUAUUGUUAUGAUAAUCGAUUUUCUUUUGGCAAAGUUUUCCAAAAAAUGCACGUUGUUUUUAUUCGUGAAUACAAAAGAGUGAAACAUAGAGUUUGCAAAUUGAAUAUCUAUAAACCAAAUAAAUCAAAACUUUGCGUUUAAUUAAAUAUAACCAAAUACGGGAAAUAUUUACGCGUAUUUCGUUUAAGUUUAGUAUCCUAUAUUAUAUAAAACAUUUUUUAAUUUAAAUUUUAUACUGAUGCUGCAUAAUUUUAUUAUUGAUACUUAAAUUUGGUCAGCACAAAAUAUAUUUCUCUCGUAAAACGUAUGGCGUGAAAUUAAUUUAAAAAAAAAAAUAAAAUGUUAUUUCUUUCAACCCAUUUUGUGAUUACGCGAUGGUUUAUUUUUUUUGUCCCUAUAUGUUUUGAUUAGUUCCACAUGUCUGCAGACUACAGAAAUACUUGGUCGAUCUACCAAACGAACGGUAAAAUAAUAAAUAAAAUCGCGACAAUGUUCUAAAAUGCAGUAGGUGUAAUAAAGUGGAUCGUAACUUUCUCACUCACUCUUUACAGACUUCUCCAACCGAAUUGAAGACGAUUCGUAAUAAUUCGUCUAACGAACAGACUAUUAUUAUUUCAAGUGAAAAUGCGAAAUGUUAUUAUAAUAUUACGAGUAUAAUAUUGAUGGUGCAUUCUCUGGAAACUUGACACCAACUCGUAUAAUCUUCCACUGUUUAUAUUAUUAUUGUCACUAUUAAAAUAUUAUGUUUUGUGAUUACCUACCUACGCGUGAAAAUACGACAAUAUUUACUGUCUAAAUCAUUAAUAAUGCAAAUAACUCAGUAUCUCAAUCGAAAAUAAUACGCGUAAUAUACGGCAUGAUUUCAUCUUGAUGUAAAAAGAAAGCUUAUUCGUAAUUUAAUAAUGGUUAAACGUUGAAAAAAACAAAUGUUAAAAACGAUUAGAAAUUAAAAAAUUUAGAGUAAUAAUAGAUUUUUUGGAUUUUGAUGACACAAUUCAGGCGCUACCAGAGCCGUGUAUCCUGGAGGGGUUAAGGAGAUAUCAACUUCUCUCCCCAUCGAUUGUAUUAAAAUACAAAACAGCUUUUAAAACUAAUCAGCAUUGACAAAUUAUAACUAAUAAGUUAUAACAUAAUAAUUAUUGAACUACUGAGAACAAAUAAUGAUUAUUUGUUCUUAAGGAGGUUAAUGCCAUAAUGACGUGAGUCAUGUUUUCGUUAAAAUUGACUUAAGUGCUUUCCGCAUUUUUUUUUAGUCCAAUUUUCCGGUAGGCAAAGUGAAUUAAGUCCUAAUAAUCACUACAACUAUGUGGUAGCAUAAUGUGUGGAAACAAACCGGUGGUUUUUAACUUUAAGAGUGACUUUAAACUUUAAAAUUAAUGUGACUUACACCACUAUGGUUUUAACCUCUCUCAAUUGUACUAUAACAUAGUAAUAUAUUUUGCAAAAACGUUUUAAGAAAAAGUAUUAUUAUUUAUUAUAAUAUAUGAUUUUUAUUUACUAUGUAGUUUACCCUUCUCUAUUGGUAAACCUGAGUAUAUCACUGAGUGCUACGGCAUUACUUUCAAAGAUUGUUCAAGAAUGUCAGACAUCAAAAAUUCACAAAGAUUCAAAAGCGUUAGAAAAUAAAAUUUAACCAUCUUUAUUUAAUUAAUGAUACACGUAACCAAAAUGAUCAAUGAACGAUUUAUCAAAAUCGUAUCGAGAUAUUAUUUAAAAUGGGGAUAAAAGAUUUUUAAGGCAGUUAUGUGAUGACAUUUUUGUUAGAUAAAAUUAUUCUGGAUACAUUUAAACUAAAUUUUACGUUAACGAAAGUUCUUAUAUUCAUUUCAUUAUUAUCUAUUCGAUGGAAAUGUAUUUGGUAUGCGAUUUUCGAGUAUUUUUAAUUUCGAAGUUUCUGUAUACGAAUGAUGUAGACAUUUUGUUAUACCUAUUACGUGAAUAUUUAUUUAUGUACUCAAGUAAAUUAAGUAUUAUAUUUUUUACAAUUUACAAUGUUUUGUGUUACUAUAUAAUGAAAACGACGGAUAUUUUAAUGUUGAGACGUACAAUGAUGAGGUGGGAUGAUCGCAUGAAAAAAAAAAACGAUUUAGAAAACGCAAAAUUGCGAUAACCAAUUGGUAUGGUUUAACGACGAACAAGAUAGUGAUAAGAAAGACGUUUUAUAUAUUUCGAUUUUAAUGACCUUAAUUAGUGGCGUACUUAGCAUUGUUAUAUGGAAGGGGAGAAUCUGAAUGUAACUAAAGUAUAAAGUCAUUAAACAUAAUUACAGGUAGAAAAUAUAUUGUUACAAUACUUGGUACCUCAAUAUGGUAAACUUGGUAAACAAUAUUUCUGUUAUAUUACAAAUAAAACAAUAUGCUAUUAUGCCAUAGUUAAAUAUAAUAUAAUAAUGCGUAAUUGACUGAAACAAUAGUUUUGUAUAGAAUAUGCAUCAUCAAAUAUGAAUACUAUCAAGACAAUAAUUUUUAAUCCUUGUGAGAGGAGAUCAGAAUACUCCUACCUGUUAUAAGAGGCGGAAAUGGGAUUGCAUCAGGUCAUCGACUGGUUUAAACAUUUUGGCAAAUAGUUGAGGCAUCUUAAGUAAGGAUUGGUCGAAUUGUCUCAUUUUGGAUGUACCUAUGUAGGAAUAAAAAAAAAAAAGAAGAGUUAUAUAUAUUAUAUGUAACAUAGAAUUAAAUAUGAUUGGAAAAAGUGGAGAGAAGCUUCAGGUGUUUUAUGUGACCAGAGAAUUCCAAUGAGAUUUUAUAGUUUAGUUCUAUAUGAGUGUGGUGGGACCAACUAUGAUGUAUGGUUUGGGCUAAGAAUGAGUGUAUCAGAGAUGAGAAUGCUUUAGUUGAUGAGUGAAAUGACGAAAAAUAUACAAAAUGAAAAAAAUAGAACAAGAAAUGAGUAUAAUAUGAGAUAUAGCAUAUGUGUGACUUCGACAGUACAAAAAUAAGAGAAAAUAGACUGAGAUGGUUUAGGCAUGAAAGCGGAAUAGAGUGGUUAGAAUGAUAAUGAAAAUAAAUGUAGGAUAUAGGAAAGAGAGGAAAAUCAAAAAUAGGUGGUUGGAUGUGAUUGUGAACGAUAUGAGAACACUCAAAAACAGUUAAUGGAAGUUUAGAAAAAAUAGUUGGAUCAAAUGUGAAAGAAAAGAAGAUAAAAUUAAUAAUUACAGACAAUUCAUGAAGCAUAAAUUAGUAAUUAUAAAAAGAGAAAAAAAGGUUGAUGAGAGGGCAUAUGUUAUGAUACCUUCGUACAAUCCCCCACUUCCCCCAGUGAGCACACAUUUGGUAUUAACUACUAUACCGAAGAAGAAGAAGAAAAAGAUUUUUCUGAAACAAAGGUCUAUAUAAAAUCCAGUCUUAGUACAUUGUGGAUAAAUCCUUCGUUAAACUCCGAAGAACGGAAUAGCGGAAAAUUGAAUCGCGAUAUUUUAUUAUUUGGAAACAGGAAAAUGUCAAUAACGUUGCCGUAAAAGUAAUAAUAUUAUACGCAAUAGUUAUAUUAAAAUUUAAAGCAUAAAAUAAUAUUUUGCGCGGAGUUCUGACUUCGUAAAUGUUUCUGAGUAAUGCGGCUUGAGGAAUACAAAAUAAAUGACAAUGAAACAAAUAAAAAUAAAAAAAAUAUGUAUAUAAUAUUAUAAUAGUAAAUCCGAUACACUAAUAAUAAUACCAAAGUCCGGUACGUACAUACAAUUUCAAAAAUAAAAACCAUCCUAUUUCUAUUUGCAUGGAUCCGGGAAAUGUACUGUAAAGUAAAUAAUACACCAAAAUACAAAAAUAUUAUAAUACCGUGAUAACUAAUAAAUACUGUACUGCAGCAAGCAGCAGUUGUUAUACUAAAAAAAAAAAAAAGACCGAACACUGAAUCGUAUUAUUUAAACUUUGAGUGUUGGAGUGGUUUAAAAAAUAUUAUGUAAAAUACAAAGGUCCAUGAGUUGUUUGGGUACAAUAAAAAUAUACCUACUGAUAAAUAAAUUAAGGAAAGAAACAUUUUCAAAGUUCACGAGAAAAUCGAAUACGUAUAAAAAAGCGACGUAGUAAAAUAAUAUGACGAAAAUAUUUUUAAACAAACACCAGUGUAAAUGAGCUUAUCCAUAUUAUAAUAUUAUAUUGUAUGUAUUUGUAUAUUAAACUACGAACUUGGGUGAAUUUACGAUCUCCCGAUAUUAUAAAUUUAAUCACAUCGCCUUACACCACGUUGAAAUAUAAGAAAAUCGAACAUUAUAGCUACUAUAGGAUAAUAUUUAAAAAAAAAAUAAAAAAAAACAGUAUUUGAACGAUUUCGUAAAUAAUUUUCAAAGGUGUUCGUACUCAAAUAAAUAUAUUAUAAAUAUUAUUUUUUUAAAUGUAAUAUAUGUAUUUGUAUAUACAUUUCAAAUGCGUUAAAUUGAAUAGCAAAAAGUUUUCGGGGAUGUAACUAUUAAUCUAUUUGCACGCGUGCAAACUUCGAUAACCCGACCUAAAACAAAAUGUCAAAUACCUACAUAUUAUUUUCGAAAGUGAUUGGCCUAGCCAAUUAUUAACACAAUUGUAAAUAAAUAAAUUAAUCGAUUACCUGUCGUGUAUACCAGUCAAAUUUCCUUUUUUUUUUAAAUUAGAUAUAGCGAUUAAUAUAGGACUCGGAUUUAAAUUUUUUAACAAUUUAACGUUUAGAAAAUGCAAAUACAAGUUUUCUAUUUAAAUUUCAAGUCUUUACAAAUAAUACAUAAUAAACAUUACUUACGAAUACAUACUUGCAUGCCUACAUAUUUUUCUGCAUCAUUUAUUAGAAUAUUUUCUUGUAUAGUAACAUUACAUUAUCUGCAUUCAGAUUAUUUUUUAAACUCUUGCGCAUGCUUCGAAAAAAACUAUUUAUAUACAUAAUAUUAUAUAUUUCUAAAGAAAAUUCAUAGUAUUAUUCAAUAUACAUACGAUUACAGGUAAAACCAAUAACCAUAAUAUAUGUAUAUAAUAUAUAAAAUAACCACGACGAACCUAUGUCUUGUACGCGUUCAUCUGCACUCUGCAGAUUUCUAUUUCGAUUUCAUAUCGAAACAAAAUGCUUAGGUUAUAAUGACAUGGUUACUUUAUUAUUACAGUUGACAGAUACAAAGAUUGCUAAAAAAUAACCUACUAUUCGAUAUAACGCCGGUUGUCUACUCUGUAGUUUAUUCAGAACGCAAUAAUGUAUUUAUAUUUAAUUAAUCAUUACGGUUAUGUAAUUUAUUUAUUAUUUGACAUAUUAUUUUGAAUUUUGAAGUAAAAGAAAGUAAAAAAUAAUAAUAAUAAUAAUACAUUAAAUUGUCUUAUUCGAUGCCCGAUAAGAUGAUAAAUGAUGUAUAUCAACUUUCCCUACAUGAUGUAUAGGUAAGGUUAGAGAAAUAUUAUAUUAAUACUAACUAUGUAGAGUGAAACCCAUGUCAUAUCUUAUGAUAGAUUCCUACAUACUAAUUAAGUUAUUAAAAAUGUUUAUAGGUAGGUAUACCCUUUAGAAUUUAUUUAUAAAUACAGUACUUUUUAAAAACCUAUAUGGAAAAUGCAAUGUAUAGGGCAUACAUUUUAAUUUAACCGAUAUUUGUUUAGUUUUCAGUACCUAUCUAGCUACUGUUGUGAAAUGUAUCUAUAGAUAUACCGCAGUAUAUACUUAACUACCGAACUAUAACUACCAGUAUCAUAAUUACCAGUGGUAUGACGAGCAUAUAGGUUGAAAUACAGUGUAAAUUGGUUACACGCUGUGUAAAUAAUGAUGUAUUUACUGAACAAUUUAGUAAAUUUUUUAUUGCUUUUACAUAAGAUAACAUCAAUAUUAUCUAUCAAUUACCUAAUGUGUAGUAACUACCCUCUGUAUUUGUUAAGUAAAAACACCAAAAUAGGUGAAAAACAUAUAACAUAGGUAAACAAUAAAUAUCAUCAACAUUACUUAUCGACCUACAUUAUUAAGAAUAUUAGUAAGUUAUCUUAUUUCACUAAAUGAAAUUAGAGAAUAUCUAUCAUAAAUAUAUUUUGAUUUAUAAUAUCAUACAAAUAUCAAUGGCGUCAUUUCAACAUUUGGUAGGAUUGGGUAUAUAUAUGAUUAUAUUAUUCUCUAUUCAAAUCUAUAUUCAAAAAGGGAGAUUCCUAUUUGAAAAUCAAAAGUAUAUAUGUAAGAUUUAUUCAACGUAUAUGGAGUAGGGGUUAAAAUUUAAAAAUGGUUUAUAAUAUACCUUAAAAUAAAAAUAAAGCUUAAACGAUUCCAUAAUGAUUAGAAAAAACAGAAAUCAAAUUCACUUAAAAUCCUUUGAGAUAAUUGCUGGUUCAUGAUAAAAAAAAAUCAUCCCGUAUGCAAGGUGUCUCACUGUGUUUUUCCGAUGCUAAUUUUUCUGUUCAUGUUACAUUUUUUUUUUUUAUUUGUUCAAUUGGAUUUUAGGUCAGCCGUUAGCGGUACAUAUAUUUAGAGAAAAACCGAAUUUUCAUUAAAUUUAAAUUAUUGGAAGAAAAUUUGUUAUUUGUUCACAUUUUAAAAUGGCCACUGUCAUUUUGUGCUAGAUGUUUUAAGAAAUUUGGCUGCACCUUACAGGCUACUGUCCAUUUCAAUAACUUUAAGUUACGACACUGUAUAUCUUAGCUUCCUGUUUCUCUCUACUUCCCAUCCAAAAUAAUAGAAGAUUCAUCAACAGUACUAGUUAUUUUAAUUUAAGUUUUUAAUUUGAAUUGGUUAAUAUAAUUAAUAUAAUAAUUAAAUGCGUACUUACGCCUUGUUGCACGUGUCAUUCGCCGGCCGGUUUAAAUUAUUCGGCAUGGUGGUGACACUGUCGUCGGUGGAUAACAAUGAAAUGGCAUCGUGGCUUAUAUCGUUCUCCAGUAAUAUUGUUUAUAAACAUAAAUAAGUUUAUAUGCAUACAAUUAUUAUAUUUAUUUCAAACUAUCUAGGUACUAAUAUUUGGUUAAGACAAGACAAUAUUCGGUUCUCAAUUCAAUUAUUACGAAUUUAUUAGCAACGCUUCGAUAAUAUCAUUGUUUUUCGGUUAUCUAUUUAAAAACGUGUUUGCAAAUAUUUUAUUGAUUGGCAAAACUUUAGAGUUUUUGAAUAUGUUUGCUGCAAAUUAAUUGAAUAUUAUACGGACUGUGAAAAAUAAUGUAUCGAGGUACAUGAUUAAAAAAUUACAGAGACUAUUUUGAAUUGCGCAGCAACGAAGCGUCGAAUAGCAGUAGGAUUUAAUAUCGCUGGCUUCUAUUACUUCUCCUGAGCACAUCUAUUUCGUAGAUUCUCUAUAACCUCCGUGUUUUUUUUUUAUGUAACUUAUGUUUUUCCUGUGUUGAUUACAAAAAACAAGUAACGACUUGCAAAAAAAAAAAAAAAUGUUUAUUUUGUCACUAAUGUGACUAAAUUAUCAAUAACAACGAUUGUUAUUAUAUCAUAAUGUUAAUCAUUUGAUGUGAUGUUUAUUCUGAGGACCAUAUAAUACAUAUAAUGUUCGAAAUAUUUUUAGUUGGAUCGGAGACGAAUCGUAUAAUAAGAUUAGUACAAAAUGAGAAAAUUCUAGUUCAUUAGUUCAGCAAUCGAUCAGUUUUAUUACAUAGCUGCAGCCCUGCAGGGUAUUUGAUAUCCCAUAUUAUAUGCGUAUACUUGUAAGUCUGGUUUUUGGUCUUGUUUUUUUUGUAUUGUCACUGCCGUCGAUAACCGAAAUGUUCAAAAUUUCUUUGAAAAAUAAAAAAAAGAAGAUUAUCACUUUUUUAUUUCAUUUAAUAUGAAUUAAUUAUGUUACUUAUUAGUCUUAUUUUUCCCAAUAUAUGAAUGAAUAAUUAAUUAAUGGUGUUUAAAUUACAUUAAUUAUAUUUGAUAAUCCAUAUAAAAAAAAAGGUUUAAUUCUCGGGAAAAUGUUAGGUUAAACUGUAUAUCGUGUUUUCUUCAUCAUAAUCCGGCGAUUUUCAGUAAAAUCGUUUUUUGAUCUAAUGUGAUGUUAUUGCAGGUAAUCGUUUAACGACUUAUAUUUACAAUAUUUUCAAAAUUUCCCCCUUAUAUCGUACACCGUAAAAAUUAUUGACUUUUGAUUGUCAAAUAACAAACAACCUCAGCGUUUUAAAUCAGAUUCCAGAAAAUAAUAUUUUUUUGUAUAUUUUGAAAAAUUAAAUUAAUUAUAAAUCCUCAGGGAAAAUCAACAAAUCGUGAUAAUAAUAAAAUAAAAUUGUAAAAUAUUAUGUUAUCUAUACAUUAAUAAAUAUUGUAUUUUUCGAAAUACAUUUUUAUUUCGACAACGUUGGAAUUUUAUUUUUGAAGAUCCAUCAAACUCGUAAAAUACAAUACGAUAUUUUUUUUAUCAUCGUUCUAUAUAAAAUUACGCGAUUACACGCGUAAUAGCAAUCGGGAUUUUUUUUAUGGACACUACUAGAGAAUUUAUUAUACAAGGGAAAACGGAUUGUCAUGAAAUUCAACGUCGAUGUAUAUAGUUUUUCUGACCUAAAAAUAAAAAUCGUUGUCGUUGAUGGUAGCAUGGAGGAUUCCCCCAUCUUCAUUACCGUCGUCAUGAUACAUUUUUAAUGUUUUCAUUUACUCCUUGCUUGUUAUUAUUUGUGUAAGUCUUGUGGUUUUAAUAAUGUUUGUGUAUAUAUAACGAUCGACACAAUAUUUUAACGAUGACGAAGAAGAGGAAAAAUAAUUAAAUAUUGAACAUUGCGGAGACACUGAGUAGGUAUAUUCCGUAUACUAUUUUUGAGAUUUUCGUUUUUACGUAAAUCUUUAUACGUUAUUGGUACACUCGUGUAAAUAACAACGAUAGUUAUAAUUGGGAAUUUAUAUUAUUAAUUGAAUAUUAUCGAAGAAGAGAAAGAAUUUUAAAUUUUAGGUUUUGAAGACUUCCGGAUAUUAUUUUUGAAAAUUCUGUGAAAUAAUCGCAUUACAUUUGUAUUUAUUCUGGACGCAUCCGAUUUUCAAACGAAAAACCGAUUACCUAAAAAACCUAGACCAUUUUUCAAACAAAUUCACACAUUACUAAAACAAUUUGAAUCGGGCAUAGAAAAAUAAUUUUCUAUUUAUCUAGUCUAAUUGUUCACCGUUAAUUGUUCUAAAAUAACAAAUUCAUUCAUUAAAAAUGACGAACCUCUUCCCUUUAAAUGAGUUUUGGGAAGUAAAUUAAUGGAAAAGUUUCUUCAUUAAAGGUAAAAAUAAUUUUUAAGUUUUUCAAACUUGGAGAAAAUGUAUGUAUGUAUCAUUUAUUUUAUAACCUAUUAGACAUACCUGAUACCUACAGAAUACGGAUAUAGAGAAGGAACCAUACAGUCAACCAUACAAAUAGUUGGAUAACUUCGCCGUUGAACGGUUAACGGUCGUUUUUAAGGAAACAUUAAAAAUUAUUUCAUCGAAAAAUCUUUACCAAUUAUAAUGAAAUCAAAUGAAAUGUUUUUUUCAUCGUUUAAAAAUGUAAAAUCAUAGUGCUAAAUGUUGAAACAGAUGAACUAAAUAAUAUCGAUUCAGAAAAAGCUGUAGACGUAUUUGCUGGACUUAAAAUCGUCGGUAUCCUUUCUUUUAUAAAUAUAAUACAUUUUUUUUUCUAGAAAGUUUCGUUUGGACAAAAGUAUUACAUAACAAUUAAUACUAAUUUGAAUAUUAUGUACUUCACUUCUUUUUUUGUUUUUUACUGUAUUUAUCAUCUUCAACAUUUGUAUGUAUUAUUUGUUUCCAAUAAAUUAUUGGUUUUCGUAGGUAAAGUGUCGGUUAUUUAUUAGUUUUUAGAUUCUAUAUGGCUUUUUACUGUUUAUAUUUAUUGCGAUUCAUAAUGUAUUGAAACAUUUAAUAGCAGGAUGAUAUGUAUAUUUUUAUAUAGCCUGGUAUAAUAUUUAAAGUGGCCUUCUUGAAACCUCGCACAUCCGAAAAAUCACUGAAAUGACGCCCCUAGUACUUAAAUCAUAUUAUACAUGUAAAUAUUUGUAUAGUUAAAUAAAUAAAUAAGUGUAGAUACUUAUUUAUUAUAUACUAAAAACUUAAGGUUAGGUUAGGCUACGUCCAUAAAUCUAUGUACUAGGCAGGCAACUCGUUGAAAGACUGCAGACACCAACAAUAGCAACAGUGACGGCCUCUUAUAGUUAGGUAUAUUCGUAUUUCGAAAUGUUUUUCGAAUAUGUAAAUGAAAUAUUCAAUCCGGUUCGGUGAAUUUGUGAUUUGUUAGUUUGUUUAUGUAACGUCAACGGAUUUAAAACAACGAGUUUUGAUCUGAAACAAUAGAACAAAAUAGAUUUUUUUUUCGAAAUUGUCCGUGACACGCAAAUGUCAAAUGACAUGAAGGUAUAUAUUUUUAUUAGUACGGGAACCGAUUCCGUUUGUCCGGCGAUCACAAGGAAGGCCCUUCUAAAGCAGAUAUUAAUAAUGUUUGACGUGCACACUGAAGGUAAUUAUUGAAAAAAAAAAUGUUUUUUCCACCGUUAUUAACUACAUAUAUUUGAAUAUAAGGGAUGGAAUAAAGAAUCGUUUGCUUUAAGUUGUGGAUGCUUAUACGUUUUCAAGAAUACGUGUGUUAGAUGUAUUAAAUUUGGCAGAGCGUUUUCUUUCUGCCGCGGAUACAUUUAAAUGAUAUCCGUUAACAAUUCGAAAAUUUUAGUGUAGGCGCAAAAUAUAGAAGAAUUCUCGUGAUGAGUAAAAAAAAUAAAAAUACUUGAUGCAUGCCACGUAAACCUUUUAAAAACACCGAUUAGAUUAAAAAGUCUCGUUACAUCCUACAUUCAAUAAUCGUGAAAAUUGAAUUAAUAGAAAUUGCAUUUUUCUAAAUAUUUUGUUUCCAUCUUAGCGUAGUUAUUGCGAUUUCGCGUGAAAUAAAAUAAAAUAAUAUAGGUACUGCGCAAACUAUUAGAUUAUCAGCAGUUUUUUUUUUACAUUUUUUUUUAAAAAAAAAAACCUAAUAAAUAUCGAAUUAAUUAAUUAAUAAUUAAUAAUUAAUUUUGUGUUUCUAAAAAUAAUUGAACUUGUAAUAUAAAUUACGUUUCUACGUGUAUUAAUUCUAGAUUAGCAUAAUCUACCUACUAUAUUUGAAUACAUUCGACCUUUUAAAAUUAUAUCGAAUUUAAAAUUGUAUUGUUGUCAUAGGUAAUUUAAUUUCAAUCUUUAAAGAAAUAUUAUUAUUCGCGGGCGCACGUGAAUAAAGCUUUUAAAAGUUACCAAAUUGUGAAAAUGAGUUUACACCAAAAAUAGCAGAUACAAGGUUAGUUUGUAUAGGGUAUGUUGAGUCACUUUUUCGAAUGUUGAACGUGUUAUCUCAAUAAUAUACCUUUCAGGAUAAGUCAAGAUUUUUUUUCGUGCUUUUUAAAUUACGAGUUCCUACCCAUGUCGCCUACCAUAGUGAUUUAAACUAUAGUACACCUUUCAGAACCGCCAUGUAAGAGAAGUUAAGUCAUCUCAAUCAAUAUUAUAUUUUUCCCGGAUCUAAUGACAAUUAUGUUAAGUCAAUGAAAAAAUAUUUAAAUCAUUAUUUUACAUAAUAAAUUAAGUCACAUUUUAUGUUUUAGGUUCAUAAAAAACUGCAGAAUUUUAAACAAUAAAAUAUACAAGUUAUAUUAAACAAUACAGAACCACAUAUAGGAUAUUACAGUAUUUUAAUUAUGGCAAUAGGUGAAAUUUCUGAUCUUGCGAUUUUAGUUAAAGUUUAUCAUUGCUCUAUUGAAAAGUUCUGAAAAAUUGAUUUAACAACUUUUUCAAACGCACUCGAAAAUUUGUUAGUACAAAAGUUCAAAUAUUAUAAUCAUAUUUGUAUGAUUCCAGAUAAAGUUAUUAUCGUUCAUUUGUAAAGCAAUAAUAUUAAAAUAGGAGUUUUUUUUUCGUUUUUAUAAAGAAAGGAAUGUUUACAUUCUCAAGCAUUUUAAAGAUUUUUUUCAGUAAUUAACUACAUUUUGGUUAGACUGUUCAAUAAUAGCUCGAGAAGCACUUUUUUUUAUUAAUAUCUGCAUGCACUUAGGUUAAAUUUUAUUUAAAUAUACAUUUUUUUACACUUUUUAACUUAAACCUACCAAUUGAAUAAUAAUACGACGGAGUUUUACUCGAAUAGUUUUAAAAGUAUUUUUUGCCCGUAUUAUACAAAAGUUAUAAUAUAAUUAUAUUUUAACGAGAUCUCCUAUUAAAAACCAGUUUUGCGAAUUUAAAUUAUAAUUCAAAAGCAUAAGUUAUUCAAAAUUCCUUUAUUAAAAUAGUAUUAACAAUGAUUAUAUCCAGAGAAAAAUUUCCCAAAACUCUAAUUAGUAUCAAAUAUUUGUUUUAAACUAUCUCGCUUAUAAUACAAGAAGAUGAAAAAAUAUUUCUUUUAAAGUCUAACAGUACAUUAUUCACGUGUUUAGCUUAUAUUAUUUAUAAACUGUUUAAUUUUCGAUUGCAACUGAUUUUCAUUUGACAUACAUUUUUAAAAAAUAAUUGUUCAACUAAACGGCUGUUGAUGUAUUCAAAAUAUUAAACGUACAUUUUUUUAUUUCCAAUUUCUAUAAAAAUACUCCCGCACAACAAUACCCUCUUAAAAUAUAAUCUUCAACAAGCGUUAAAAUUAACGAUACGCCAGUUGUAACUGAAAAGUCUUAAUUAUUUGUGUUGACGAGCCCCGAGUUCCGGUUGAAAUCGUUUUUUUUUUCGAAUGAUAAAUGAUUGUUUUUUCGUCUUUAAAAGUUUAAAAUAGGAACGCGGUAUUGGCUUUUGUUAAACGGCUGAAGUGAAAAACAAAACUGAUGAACGCUCAACGUUUAGUUUCUACUUAUAUUCUAUAGGACUAAGAGAACAGCUGAUAAUUACAUAGUCAUGUAGGAUCGUGAGGAAUAAACCAGAGGUAUUCCGCUUGAUAAAUCCCAGAACUCUUAAAUCAUGGCCGAUGUUUAAACGAUUUAAACAAAUUUUAUAAGAUUAAUAUCAGACACUGAUGUCCUGUGUACGUUGACACGUAUAGAGAUCAAAGCACAUUUAUAUUUUACCAGUGCGAUAUUUUAGUGUUAUAUUGAUUAAAUCGAUAUUCUCUCAUAUUAUUGCCAUACAAGCGCUAUUAGUCUAGAAAUCAUCCGAUUUAGGGGAUUUAUUAGAUUGCCAUUUUAUAACGAUGUUAUCAUUGCCGAUGGGCAACUAUAUAGUAUAAAUAGUUUGUUUUAUGUAGGUAUGUGGGUUGAAUCAAAGUAAACAUAUUCAAAUUCAAAAAUUUAAAUAUAAAACUGCUAUAAACGUUUAAUGGUAAUGUGUUUUUUUCGACUGGCAUCUAAUAAAGGCUUGAUAUAUGAGGGAGGAGUACUUUUUUUCACUUAGCAUUUUAGUUAUACAUUUGUAUGUACUAUUGCUUCUUUUGUCAUAUAAGCGGAAAAUUGAUUGAAUUUUAGGAGGGGCUCAUUUUAGUGAAAAGUAAAAAAAAAGAACAUCACUUUUCACAUAUAAAAACCUAAUAAGCUAUAAAACCUUAUUCUAAUUUCAGUGUCAAUAUUGUAAUUUUUUUUUUAGGGAUGAGGGCUAGAAUAAUAAUCCGAUUAUUUUUAUUAUAAAUCUAGGGGGUUAAGCACUCCUAGCCCCUCUAUUCUCCAGGAAUCCAUCUUUACAUUAUCUUUACAUCAUCUUUACAUUAUCUUUACAUAAUGCGAUUUAUUUUCUUGCUUCUUGUUUGAUAAAAAUAGGGUGAUCAUCUAUUAUAAUGACCAAUUCUGAAAAAAGAAGAUGUAAAUAUUAUGUAGGUACAAUAAAAUAGCGUAUCUACCACGAAUGUUUUUGGAUAUUACUACGACGUAAUAAUAUAUAUGACGCGGUUUAAGGGUAAUUAUUUCGAGGAGAAAUUAUUUAGUGGGGAAAUUAUCAAAAUUAUUCAUGUCCUGUACGCUUAGGGGGGGGGGAGAAGUUUAGGACGAAAAGAAACAAGGAAAGGAAAGGAGAGGAAAUGUGAUGUUGCGUAGUAUUCUAGGUAUUUGUGAAAUUAAAUGGCGCGGGUACCUACUCGGGUUUCGCGUGAACUUUUGGGAGUGCUGAAUUAUGGAAUAAUAUGCUGCCAGUGUGUUCCAGAUAUAUCUACCUAGUUAAGUACUUAUAUUUUGCCGAGCAGAGUCGGUAUGAGUACGACGGGUAGCUUGUUUAGUUAACCGCACUAUUCGGCACCGUAAGCACAAUUUCUAGGCUCUCGUUUCGGUAUAGUAUGCAUUUUUGGACAAUUAUUAACAUAACCGUUUAAAUAAUAGCCAAUCAGUGUACGGUGAUAACUUUUUCAAAUUAAUACUAGAUUCGGGUUGAUAAUAAAUCGAAAAUUUAUCACAUAGUCGUUAUUUUUAUCACAUGGUUUGGUUUUAUACAACUAUUCAUUAUGCAUAUUUGUUGGAUUAUCAUCGCUUGAUAAUAUUAAUUUAUCUUCUUUGAACGUGGAUUCUAUAUCAGUUUAUCCAAAAAUAAUAGCCAUUGAUAAAUGACAAAGGAUAGGUAGUAAUAAUUAAUCAUAAGUAUAAAAUAAUAAUAUUAGAACAUUGUUGGCACUUAGUUUUUUCAAAUAUUUAAUAAUUUGAAGUCUUGAAUUUUGUUCAUAAACUGCUGGAAGAGUAAAACAGUUACAUAAUUAUUAUACUCUAGGAAUAUCGCACUUAGGACCAGUGCAGCAAGAAGUGUAGUUGGAAAUGCCAUAGCUUUAUAUUAUACCCGAGUAUUAACUACAUUGCUCCGAUAAUAGACUUAUAGAACAAAUUUUGAAGACAAUGUCAUGGCGUAACUACCUAUUAAGGAAUAUGUUUUUUAAUUGCACGCACUAUACCUUUGAAAUUUAAAAGAUAUAAUAUUUACCGAACCAAAGUGUUCACUGCUCUAAGGUAGGUAAAUUUAGAUUAAAAAUUAUAUUAAUUUUAAAUUACAAAAUAAAUUAGGUAUAAUAGUUGUACAUGUUUUAACGAGUUUUAUCAAAAAUUUGAACUUAAACGCCAAGGAAUAAAAAUCAACGGUAUUGCGCUCAGCUCUUUUUUUUUACUACUAUUUAGAAGUGUAUAACUUAAUAUGGUAAAAACCUUAUACCUAUCAUCAUUUUGAGUAUUUUUAUGGAGUCAAAAGAGUUUUUGUUCAUAUAAGACCUACAUUAAAGAUGUAUGAAAGUUCUUAGUAUUAUUUAAGAUGUGCAAAUAGUUCUUACAAAUUUCAUCAUAAAUUGGGAUUUUAAAGGCUUGUAAUAAAACAAAAAAACGAAACGAUAGAUUCUCGAGAACUAUUAAGUAUUAAAAAAAAUGUUAUCUACAUAAAAAAAAACAAAAAAAAAACACCAGAAAAAUUACAAGUAGUUAACUGCAAAUAAAUAACAAUAAUAAUAAAGCAAUAAGUAUUCGAUGAAAGGACUUUGCGUUUAUUUUUGACCGAAUUAGAUAAAAACAUCGUAAAAAACAUAGUCAAAAUGAACCGAGCACUGCGUGAAUAUUCUCGUUUUUCUCACAUUGUUUUCCGAUUUUCUCCUGUUAUUCAGAAAAGUUCAAGAAGAGUCGAAAACUAUUUCCUCAAUAGUACAUAAAACAGAAAAAAUUAGCUACCAGAACUCUGAAAUUGAUUAUUGAACCGAAUCUCCCGGCCAAAACCUUGUUUAUAUAGACAAAAAAAACACGCAUCAUAGUAAAACUAAUAAACUUUCAAUAUGUACAUGUAUAUUUGGAAUUUUUAACACGUUACAAAUAUGCGAUAUUAUGCUCUUAUUGAAUGGUGGUUUUUUCUUUAGUAAGUACUUGAAACGCUAAUAGAAGUGCGUAAUUUUUUUUGAAACUUUCAUAAAUAGUUCAAAGUUCAAAACUGUUUGAAAUACAUUCUAUCCGAUAUUAUCCUAGAUACUAUACCUAGAUAUUAUGUGUAUUAGUGUAUUAUUUUGACGGACGAAUAUAAUGUUUUAAUAUUACGAGUAGGUACAUUAUGUUUUUCGGCCACGGCGGCGGGACGAUAAAAUGAAAAAAAAAAUAGUUGCCGUGCAGAGUACUACGCGGAAUAAUCGGCAAAAGGAAUUCGAGGGGGUCUCGUCUGUACUAGAAUGCUGCACCGUUGCGUCGUUUUAUACUUACUAUAUUAAUGGUAUUAUUGGUGUUAUAUAAAUACUCGAAACGAUGCACACUAUAAUGUUCUUAUUACAUUUCUCGUUUCUCGAUAUAUUGUUGUACAGGAAUAUUAUAUAUAUAUAUAUAUAUAAUAUGUAUUAGGUGUAGUAAGCAAACGUUAAAAAUAUAAUUUUACGGGAUGGAAUUUUAUACCGUUUUGGCGUUGUAUUACGGAAUACAAUGGCUCGUCAUUAUUGUUAUAUAGAAAUAUCUCUUUCAACUCAAAUGAUGUCGUACAGUCGUCGUUAGUCACUGUAUACCAAAUAACUUCGCAAAAAUGUCUGACAAAUUAACCGGCUAAAACGCGUAAUUUUCCUGUUUUUUUUUUUUUUUUUCCAAUCUAUUUUCUGCUGAGCCUUGUAGCACUAUGCAUAACACUCAGUCCGGACGAUUAUUGAUUCACCCUCUCGUAAUGGACCUAUCAUAAUUCCUGUAAUGGGCAUAACUUCUUAACCUACUUGGUCUUGUGUUCUCAUAUACAUAUCCAUACAUCUAUAUACAUAUUAAAUUUUAAAUGCGUGAUUGGAAAACUCAUUCCGGUUUGUCUCUCUCCUGAAAAUUACGCCACCGUACCUGCAGACAAACGUUUUUAUUAUUCUAUUAAUGUUUUAUUUUCACGUUUAAAUUCAUCGUUAUGCGUAUUAUAUGUGUACACAGAAAAAGGAAGAAGGCACUUGUACGUGGAUGUCAACGGUGCAUGAAUGGAUCUAUCAAGGACCGGCCAUAUUAGUGUUGGUGGUUAAUUUAAUUUUCCUGUCGAAAAUCAUGUGGGUAAGUCACUCGUAUAAUUCGUUUUUGUAUAAUAUAGGUACCUAAUAAUGGUAAAACAAAAAUUCCGCGAAGGACAGCUAGCAUAUACUAAAACACCGGAUUAAAUAUAUUGCACUUUGACUGUAACUUUGUGUACGAUACACAUGUAUAAUAAUGUUAUAGUAAUAUACAAAGGGGUCUGUUUAAAAUAUUUUCAGACGAUAUAUUAUUAUUAAACUUGCCGCAGGUUCUAAUUACAAAGCUGCGAUCGGCGAAUUCGGCCGAAACCCAACAAUACCGCAAGGCCAGCAAAGCUCUAUUAGUCCUCAUUCCGUUGUUGGGUGUCACCUACAUACUGACCAUGGUCGGACCAACCGAACCCGGUACUUUCUCCAACUAUUAUUCCUACGGCCGGGCUACGCUUUUGUCUAUGCAGGUGAGCUUCGAUAUUUGACAUUAUAAAAUAUAGGUAAUACUGGGAAGUAACGUGUUUAAAAUUUUAAAAUUAAGUUAAUUAAGUUUUCCUGAAAAUCGGUCACUUACUUCGUUACUCAAAUUCGUUCAAACUUUAACACUAACUUUUAUUAUUUUUAAGAUAACUUAACUUAAACUAGUUAAAAUAUUUGAUAACUUGCCCAGCUUUAUUUAGUACCUACUCGUAUAGUGUCGUCGUGUAUACUCGGGUCUGAUGAUUUUUGCAUGACUUAUUUUGAAUGAAUAAUAAAAAAAAUGUUCCGGCUAUGUAUAAUAAUACUCUGUACCUAACUACCUACCUACCUACACGCACAGGUAUACAGCAUACAUUUCAUAAAUAAUAAUAAAAUGAUUAAGUUUUAAAUAUUUAAUACGCGUACAGCGGCCAAACAGGAUCUCAUUCAACUAUAGGUAUAUGGGUACACUAUUCAACGUUCGGGAUAUAAAUGUGCAUUUUUCAAAGCGUAGGUAUAAUAUUAAUUAUUAAAACGUCAUUUUCUCUUGGAAUAUCAUUUUUUCCGUUAGGGAUGCACCUGUUUUAUAGACGAAGUGCUACGUAUAGUAGUAUAGGGAGAUUAUUAUUAUAAUUUAAUGUACCGAUAUUUGUUUAAUCGGUAUCUAUAUCCGUUCGCAGGGUUUUAUGGUCGCGAUAUUCUACUGUUUCGUUAAUUCCGAAGUGAAAAACACGUUUAAACAUCAUUUGGUCCGGUGGAACGACGCGAGAAAUCUGAGGACCAGCGGUAGCCGGAGGUUCACCUAUUCCAAGGAUUGGUCGCCGAACACAAGAUCCGAUAGCGUCAGGUAUUCAAUUUUAUCCUAUUAUUUAACGUAUACACUAUUAUAAUAUUUUGUGUUUGAAUUUCAAAACUCAAACGUUAUUAUUGUUUGUGCAGAAGGUGAUAGACUGUUUUUUUUUUUAUUUUUUUUUGUAUACAUUUUGUAUAGGUGGUCGAUGACUAGAAGAUUGCCCUCUCAAGUUUAAAAAAAAAAACA